GCAUAGUUGUGUAGUUUUUGUAAGCGAGUAGUAGGCUACAUAAGAACAGCGGCAGUUCCAGAGGUCAUGUCUGAACACGAAAAAGGAAUUGUCAAGCUAAAACCUGUCAAAUGAAUCCAGGACCCUGUACACAGUUCAACAAAGCCAGGGUAUUUUUUCCUUUAUCUGCAUCACCCUAACAUGCAGGUAACAUCUGACCAAUCACACUGACUGAUGUACCAGCAGUUACUGGAUGAGUAAGGAUGGAAGAGUAAACUAUAAUUAUAGAAAUAAUACAAAGAUGUUACACGCAUAAUACAGAAUGAAUGCAACACAGCUGCUCCAGUUAAAUUAAUGAGGUUUCAACAGUCACCCACAACACUGAAUUUAAACGCUUUGAUCUAUAAGACCGUGAAAGAGCUACUAUAUCAUACUAUAUUUAAAAAACUGUCGCUUAGAGUUCACAGAAAACAAACUAAAGUGGCCGCUAACAAUUUCCUACUAAUCCUCACGGAAAACUACUGGAGAACUUCAAAUGCUGUCUGCACAAACAGCUCUGAGGGAUCUUCCAGGAAUAGUGAUGUUUUGUUUUGUUUUUUUCAAAGAACUGACAGGAGAGUGGGCGGUGAUUUCACGCCUGUUGAUCUCUAGUGUGCACACCUGCCUAACAUCAGUGCUGUGCUGAUUGGUCCAACAAACUGGAUUCAACAGUGCGCGGGACUCCAGCAGCUGUGCUAUAAAACAGGUGGAUCUGGUUGGGAUUAAGUUACCUAAAACACUUCUAUAAUGCAUGUAAGAAGCCUUUUCAAAAAAAAGAACUGAGAAGGACGCAGGUGAGGUGAGAGAAGGCGGAGAAGGAUCUGCCUCCUGUUGCUGCUGCAGAGAGAUGCACAGAGACAGAGAUGGCCACUGGCUUAGAUACGAACUCUGGUCGGAGAAUCGGAGCGUCUAAAGUGCGGUCAGUGAUGUCAGGCAGGACGGUCGCUCUCCUUUUCUUCUCUCCUGUCAUUGGGCACUCUGAAGACCGUGCAAUAUUAAAUAAACAUUGCCUUAUAAAAUAAACAUAAAUAAACAUACAAAUAAUCUCACACAGUCAAUAGGCAAAGGCAAAAAAGUAAUAAAUAAAAUUAUAUACUAAAUCUAAACUAAGGCAUAAAAAUUGAGCUUCACUCUGCCUCUGAGGUUUACUGGUCCAUGUACAUGUCUAUUGGUUUGUGAAAAAAGUGUUUCUUUUAAAUAUUAAUAUAAUUGAAUUAACACAGUAUUUUAUUUUAUUUCUUUUAAUAUGAAAAAUGUUAAGAUUCACCAGUUUGCUGCAGAAAUCGCUUCCAUGUGAAAUGGGAUGGCAGCAUUUGAUUAACUUCAGCAGGCUUAAACAUGGUAUCAGACUAAGUUGACAGUUUAUCUGUAUAUUUUAAUACAACGUCUGAUUACUGCUGAUUUUGUUUUCUGUGUAAAACAAACAGUGGUGGAUGGAGCAGCUACAAAUUUUGCUUUUCUUCACGUUGGAGUCUGUUGAUUAGGGGCUCUGAUGAAGGGCUCCCUGUAACUUGUUCCCCAGUAAUGGUUUAAAGGAUGAUCACAAGAACAGCAGUGCUGUAUUCUGUCUCGUUUUGCAUAGUGCAUUAAAUGUUAAUGGACUCGUCACUGCCCCCAAAUGCAGAAGAGCAGUCAGCACCAAUGGGAAGUUGAUUAAGAAAAAAUGCAAUUGCAACCAAUUUAGAUAAGUUCAAAAACAUUUUGAAAAUAGAGAGAGUAAGCCCCUCAGGAGAACAUUGUAACAGAAAUACAAGAAACCUCUAACACAGGUUAGGCAAAGAACAAUACCAAAGAACUAAAAAUCACCAAAAUCUAACUGAAACAAAAAAUUCACAUAAUUAAAAACAUAAGCACUUGGUCACGAGACUCAGGACAAAGACUAUAAACCCCUCAGCUGUAUGCAAACACAGGAAACACCGCUGCUGAUAAAAGACAGACGGGCGUGGUGUGGUUUCCAUAUGCUGUAUGUAUGUGUGUGCGUGUGUGUGUUUGUGUGUGUGUGUGGUUGAGAACUUCCUGCUGCUUAGACAGUUUGUCUCUGCAGAAGUCAGCGUCAGUGUGUUUGCUGGCAGAUUAGCCGCUUCUUUCAUUUUUCAUUCUGCUGUUUUAGCCACACUCAAUCAAGUCAGAAUGAAGAUAGCAGCCUUUAAUGGCAAGAACCUGGGACAUAAGAAAGUCCAUGACAAGUCUGUCAUCAAACACCUCACCAAGAUCAUAUCUCGGUACAGUGUGAUUGUCCUGCUGGAGGUGGUGGAUAAGAGCGGCAAAGCCAUGGAAACGUUACUUCAAGAACUCAACAAAACUGUAAAACGCCCCUACAAAAAAACUGCCAGCAAACAACUGGGACGAGACACCUACAAGGAGCAAUAUGUCUGUUUCUACAGACCAGAUGAAGUGACGCUGAAGGAUUCACACCAGUAUGAAGAUAAUCAGGCUGGAGAUGAAGAUGCCUUUGCCAGAGAGCCCUUCAUCCUGCGGUUUGAUUGUCCAACUACAGUUGUGGACGAUCUGGUCCUGAUCCCAGUCCACACAAAGCCAGAGGACUCUCUGAAGGAGCUGGACGAGCUGCAUGAUGUAGUUGAAGACAUCAGGAAGAAAUGGAAAACUGAUAAUAUAAUGCUUUUGGGGGACUUUAAUGCUGAUGGACGAUAUCUCUCCAAGAAGAAGAAGGAAAAGAUUCGCAUCUGCUCUUCUUCCUACAACUGGCUCAUUGAUGACAAUGUCGACACCACAGCUAGCAACAAAAAUGAUAACACCUACGACAGAAUUGUUGUGUAUGGACAGACCAUGCUGAACGCCAUCGUCCCCAACUCGGCCAAGUCCUUCAACUUCCAGCAGGAGUUUGACCUGACCGAUGAGGAGGCCCUGGGCAUCAGUGACCAUUACCCUGUGGAGGUGGAGCUGAAGACCAAAGAUGCGUCUGGGGAAGGACAAUCUAAGAAAAAAGGUUAUUAUUUUUUAUCUCUGACUCUUACUGUAUUACUCUUACUAUAUAUUUGACAGCAGGAAUGGAGAUUGAUAAGAAUUUAGUGAUUCUGAUGCAUUUAUCGAUAUCAUUGAGUUCUCAUUGGCUCCGCUUUAAGGGUCACCACCGUCUCUAAAUGAAUAUAUUUGUGCAAAUUAAUUACAUGCUGUGUGGUCAAAGGUUACAUGCUGACCUCAAUGCUAUGAUCAGCAUUGAGGUCAUAACUCAAAAGAGUAACAUAUUACACAUAUUACACAGAACACUCUUAUUAAAAGUAAUGCAGUACAUUACUACCAUUACUUCCAGGAGAAACUAAGUACUUAUACUACACAUUACAUUUCUUUUUCUCUAUAAAAUUACC